AUGCUGAAACAGUGCCUAUGGCAAAGCGAACCGCUUACCUCCAAGGGAGGUCAGAUGGCUGUGAUCCACAAAAGGGGAUCCACCUUUUUGGCUGAGAAUUAUCGUGGCAUCAUGUUAUUGCCGACCAUUGCCAAGCGAUUCCAUGCUCUUAUUAGGAAAAGGCUCAUGGUUCGGCUGCAUGGGCAAAGGCCGCAAUGCCAAAUUGGCGGUUUCGCGCAUAUGCAGGUUCCGUUUGGAUCCCAGCUCCUUCAGGUGUUUGGUCGCAUUAUGGAUGCCAAGGGUCUCUCAUCGGCGAUUGUCUUUGUGGAUCUCACUAAUGCAUUCCAUCGAUUGAUCAGAGAGCUGGUUUCAGGUGUCCAUUUGCCUCGAGAAGCAGAGGAGAUCUUACAAGCCUUGCAAGCUGAAGGCCUGCCUGCACAUGAAGUAGCCGAAUUGCUUGAGCUGCCUUGUUUGCUCCAACAGCUCAAUGAGGGUAUGACCAAUAGUCUCUUUGGCCUUCACAAGACCUUUUUCAAGAUCCUCAUGCAUCAUGGUGCUUCUUUCAACCCAUCACCAUUCACCUCAUUGGAGCAACCGCUGAAGGAGUUUGCAUGCUCAUGUGGCAAGGUUUUCACGUCGCAGCAGGGUUUGUCAUGUCACCGCCGGCUGAUCCAUAAUGAAUUUGCCCCGGAACAUGCCUUCCUUGCAGGCCUUCCAGAUGGGCAAGAGUUCCAGAAGAAACCUGUGGAAGUCCAAGGCCUGGCGCGAGUUGAGACCAUCCAGGCUCAAGGACCCUUGAUGCAUAUGGAAGAUCGAAGGAGGGUUCAGAUCUCCCAGCUUCAACAUGAACUUGAGCGUGUGCAAACCGACCUUCUGGUUACAGAGCUGCCGCCAGAGGUAAAUACAGCAUCCAAAGAACUGAGGACGGCCCUCAGCCAGACUACGAAGGAAUGGUUCCAGCUUUUCUGUGACGAGGGCUAUGAUGAGAGACUGGCCGAAUCCCUGCCUGAUCGAUGGAUAGUGCUGCUUGGGGGUCCUGAAGGACAUUAUGAUGCAUGGUUUGAGGCUGAGUUUAUGCAGUGGGGACAAGAUGACUUGCCUGAUGUCAUUGCGGACUUUUUGGAUGGACGUGCCGAAAGUCUAGUUGACGAUGCCUUUUGCGAGCUUGUCGCUUUGUUCCCCAGAUUUGAUCUGAUGCAAAAAAGAACCCUUUUGCUUGCCAAGCUGAAUUGUCUGGAAAACGAAAUUGCUGGACACUUCCCACAUAGGACGUAA